AUGCAGUCCCUGCACGGUAAACUGUCAUCCGCCCAGGUCCAUGUCUCUAGCUGGGUGGGCAGCAUGCGUCGUUCCCUACAGGGGGCACUGAACUUAGUCUGGAAAAAUGAUGAUGAGGAGGAUGAGGUGGUGAAAGAAGAUAAGGAGGAGGAGGAGAAGGAAGAGGCGAAGGAAGAGGAGGAGGAGGGAGAAGGUGGGGGCGGGAGGUUCCAGAGGGCCGUGUCUCCUCUGCGUAGCUUUGCCUCCCGGAGCCGGCGAUCCCUGAGGUUGUUCUCAGUCCGGAGUCACCAGCGGAUGAGGCUACGUAGACGGGCAGCAGACACCAGCGCUGUAAGAGAACCUGUCUGAACAAUGUCAUUAUCUGCUCUUGAACCAGACUGUUUUUAGAAUGAACAUAGACCUAAAAGUGUUACUUAGCCAAACAGCUUAAUUCCCUCAAUAGUCCGUAGGGCCACUACCUCCACUUCUUUCUCCCCCUCCAUCACCUUUCUAACUCUUUUUGCUUAUUCCUAUCCUUCUUCUCACCCCUCAGAGGCUUGUGUAGGCCUAUGGCGUGUGUGUGUGUGUGUGCGUGCCGUGUUUAUCAGUGUGCAUACGGUUAGCAUUUCCCUCUGUCAGUGGUGUGAAUGAGAGUCUGGGGAAAGUGACAGGCCUGAGGGAAAGAGAUAAGAUCCAUGGAAACACGGUUGUGUGUGUGUUUGUGUGUGUGUGUGUGUGUGUGUGUGUGUGUGUUUGUGUGUGUCUGUGGGCAUGUAUUUGUGUGUGUAUGCUCCUUGCUAUGAAAUUCUGCUCAUGCUAACCUCACACGCCACUCAAGGCCCAUGUUUGCGUGUCCAUGUAUAGUCUUUCUAUUCCUCUCACUACAGAACACAUUUAGCAGAACCACACACCUGUAUUUCAUUGCUUAUAUCUCUGUAAUAGAGCUCAUGGUGUAGUUUGUGCUGUAGACCUGCAGAAAGGUAGAACGCUUCAGGGUGCAGCAAUAUGACCUCCAUAACCACUAGUGUGUGUGAGUUUCUCGAAAUUAUUUGAGUGCCUUUUUUAAAACUCAGUUCUUUCUCGGAAGCGAGUAUGGCUCCUUGCAUAUAUUUUUUCAAUGUCUGAAUACGUGCAUGGGUAUUUUGGUGUGUGUUUGUGUGUGUCUAUGUGUGUAUGUGUCAUUUAUCGCUGCAUUGUUUAGAGGACAUGCUAGCUAGCAUUAGGUCCUUUUUCAGUCUGGAUGGCUUUGAGCCCCCCAAUAACUUUACUGUGAAGCACAGAUGUUAAAAUGAGGUGUGACUGCAGAGUACUACCUGCUCUGUCUUGACUUGUAACACUCCCUCCCCCCUUAUGAUCCCUUAUUGAUGUCACUUGUUAAAGCCACUUCAAUCCGUGUAGAUGAAGGGGAGGAGACAGGUUAAAUAAGGUUUUUAAGCCUUGAGACAAUUGAGACAUGGAUUGUGUGUUUUAUUCAGAGGGUGAAUGGGCAAGACAAAAGAUUUACGAGCCUUUGAACAGGGUAUGGUAGUAAGUGCCAGGCACAUCGGUUUGUGUCAAGAACUGCAACGCUGCUGGGUUUUUCAUGCUCAACAGUUUCCCAUGUGUAUCAAGAAUGGUCCACCACCAGCCAAGGACAUCCAGCCAACUUGACAAAACUGUGGGUAGCAUUGGAGUCAACAUGGGCCAGCAUCCCUGUGGAACGCUUUCGACACCUUGUAGAGUCCAUGCCUCGACGAAUUGAGGCUGUUCUGAGGGCAAAAGGGGGAGGUGCAUCUCAAUAUUAGGAAGUUGUUCAUAAUGUUUUGUACACUCAGUGUAUAUGCUAUCAUAAUUUCCUUACUUAUUACUGCCCACAUUAUUUGACAUUGUAACUUUUUAUGUAAACAACGGUUAGCUGCCUUUUGGACUGCUAUACAGCUGCCAAUGCAACUCUGGUAAUUUAUCCCUGCUACUAUACAUACACUACAUGACCAAAAGUAUGUGGAAACCCCUUCAAAUUAGUGGAUUUGGCUAUUUCAGCCACACCCAUUGCUGACAGGUGUAUAAAAUUGAGCACACAGCCAUGCAAUCUCCAUAGACAAACAUUGGCAGUAUAAUGGCCCGUACUGAAGAGCUCAGUGACCUUCAACGUGGCACCGUCAUAGGAUGCCACCUUUCCAACAAGUCAGUUCGUCAAAUGUCUGCCCUUCUAGAGCUUCCCCGGUCAACUGUAAGUGCUGUUAUUGUGAAGUGGAAACGUCUAGGAGCAACAACGGCUCAGCCACGAAGUGGUAGGCCACAUAAACUCACAGAACGGGAUCGCUGAGUGCUGAUGCACGUAGCGCAUAAAAAUUGUCUGUGCUCGGUUGCAACACUCACUACGAGUUCCAAACUGCCUCUGGAAGCAACGUCAGGGCAAAAACUGUUUGUUGGGAGCUUCAUGAAAUGGGUUCGCUGCCAUUGGACUCUGGAGCAGUGGAAACACGUUCUCUGGAGUGACGAAUCAUGCUUUACCAUCUGGCAGUCCGACUGACAAAUCUGGGUUUAGCGAAUGCCAGGAGAACGCUACCUGCCCGAAUGCAUAGUGCCAACUGUAAAGUUUGGUGGAGAAGGAAUAAUGGUCUGGGGCUGUUUUUCAUGGUUCGGGCUAGGCCCCUUAGUUCCACCAAAGGGAAAUCUUAACGUUACAGCAUACAAUGACAUUCUAAACAAUUCUGUGCUUUUCAACUUUGUGGCAACAGUUUGGGGAAGGCCCUUUCCUGUUUCAGCAUGACAAUGCCCCCGUGCACAAAACAAGGUCCAUACAGAAAUGGUUUGUCGAGAUCGGUGUGGAAGAACUUGACUGGCCUGCACAGAGCCCUGACCUCAACCCCAUCGAACACCUUUGGGAUGAAUUGGAACACUGAAUCGCCCAACAUCAGUGCCCGACCUCACUAAUGCUCUUGUGGCUGAAAGUAAGCAAGUCCCUGCAGCAAUGUUCCAACAUCUAGUGGAAAGCCUUCCAAGAAGAGUGGAGGCUGUUAUAGCAGCAAAGGGGGGACCAACUCCAUAUUAAUGCCCAUGAUUUUGGAACGAGAUGUUCGACGAGCAGGUGUCCAAAGACUUUUAGACAUGUAGUGUAUCAGACAGGGAUGUGAAGGCCAUAUGGCUCUGUCCCAAUGGGCCUUGGUCAAAGGUAGUGCACUAUAUAGUUAACAGGUUGCCAUUGGAGACGGAGACGAAGUACACCCAGUCCUCCUGUCUGUCACUGUGCUUCCUCUAUGAGGCCAUAGCCUACUGUACUGUAGGCAAAUCCGCUGAGAGAGGCUCAUUCAGCCACACAGUGAGAAGGCCACCCAGACCAGAGUGACGCAGCACGAUAUGAAGCAUUGUGCAAAUGAAGUCACACUGAGAUAAUAUCUUUCUCUCUCUCUCUGUGUGUGUGUAGCCUGACUCACCCAAUCAAUCAGCACAAGGCAGUAAAGUAGUUAUGAAGGAAGAUGUUUACCAAAUCAAAAGCCGUUCCUCUCCCAGUGAGGUUGUUUUUGUUGCCGGGUAACAUAAAAACGACAGUAGAUUGGCAUGUGCGCCUUGACAAACACUAGUGUGAGGUGAGGUUCAAAGAAUGUGUUUUUGUGUGACUGUGUCAGUGUGUGUGUGUGUGUGUGUGUGUGUGUGUGUGUGUGUGUGUGUGUGUGUGUGUGUGCCUGUGUGUGUGUGUUUGUGUGUGUGUGUGUGUGUGUGUGUGUGUGUGUGUGUGUUUGUGCGUGCUCGUGUGGUGUUUGUGGAGGACAGUGUACCCUCUGUGUCCAGCUCAUUAAAAGAGGCAUGCUUGGCUGGUUGUUCAACCUCUUUCUUUCGCUGUUGUAGUUACCGCUCUUGGCUUUGUGUGUUCUCCCCAACACCGUUCUAUUGCAUCUCCUUCUCUUCUCCAUGUUCAGGGGAAGAUCUGAACAAGACUCCACAAAAUAUGGACAAGCAUAUUUGAUGUAAUCUUUCAGUUUACAAAAAGAUGGUUGAUAAGAGUUAACAUCAUACAGAUACCGUAGCAAAGAUCAUACAUCAGAUAACAUCAUACAUACAUUACCGGUCCAAAGUUUUAGAACACCUACUCAUUCAAGGGUUUUUAUUGAUUUUUUACUAUUUUCUACAUUGUAGAAUAAUAGUGAAGACAUCAAAACUAUGAAAUAACACAUAUGGAAUCAUGUAGUAACCAAAAAAGUGUUAAACAAAUCAUAUAUACAGUGAGGGAAAAAAGUAUUUGAUCCCCUGCUGAUUUUGUACGUUUGCCUACUGACAAAGAAAUGAUCAGUCUAUAAUUUUAAUGGUAGGUUUAUUUGAACAGUGAGAGACAGAAUAACAACAAAAAAAUCCAGAAAAACGCAUGUCAAAAAUGUUAUAAAUUGAUUUGCAUUUUAAUGAGGGAAAUAAGAAUUUGACCCCCUCUCAAUCAGAAAGAUUUCUGUCUCCCAGGUGUCUUUUAUACAGGUAAUGAGCUGAGAUUAGGAGCACACUCUUAAAGGGAGUGCUCCUAAUCUCAGUUUGUUACCUGUAUAAAAGACACCUGUCCACAGAAGCAAUCAAUCAAUCAGAUUCCAAACUCUCCACCAUGGCCAAGACCAAAGAGCUCUCCAAGGAUGUCACGGACAAGAUUGUAGACCUACACAAGGCUGGAAUGGGCUACAAGACCAUCGCCAAGCAGCUUGGUGAGAAGGUGACAACAGUUGGUGCGAUUAUUCGCAAAUGGAAGAAACACAAAAGACCUGUCAAUCUCCCUCGGCCUGGGGCUCCAUGCAAGAUCUCACCUCGUGGAGUUGCAAUGAUCAUGAGAACGGUGAGGAAUCAGCCCAGAACUACACGGGAGGAUCUUGUCAAUGAUCUCAAGGCAGCUGGGACCAUAGUCACCAAGAAAACAAUUGGUAACACACUACGCCGUGAAGGACUGAAAUCCUGCAGCACCUGCAAGGUCCCCCUGCUCAAGAAAGCACAUAUACAGGCCCGUCUGAAGUUUGCCAAUGAACAUCUGAAUGAUUCAGAGGAGAACUGGGUGAACGUGUUGUGGUCAGAUGAGACCAAAAUGGAGCUCUUUGGCAUCAACUCAACUCGCUGUGUUUGGAGGAGGAGGAAUGCUGCCUAUGACCCCAAGAACACCAUCCCCACCGUCAAACAUGGAGGUGGAAACAUUAUGCUUUGGGGGUGUUUUUCUGCUAAGGGGACAGGACAACUUCACCGCAUCAAAGGGACGAUGGACGGCGCCAUGUACCAUCAAAUUUUGGGUGAGAACCUCCUUCCCUCAGCCAGGGCAUUGAACAUGGGUCGUGGGUGGGUAUUCCAGCAUGACAAUGACCCAAAACACACGGCCAAGGCAACAAAGGAGUGGCUCAAGAAGAAGCACAUUAAGGUCCUGGAGUGGCCUAGCCAGUCUCCAGACCUUAAUCCCAUAGAAAAUAUGUGGAGGGAGCUGAAGGUUCGAGUUGCCAAACAUCAGGCUCGAAACCUUAAUGACUUGGAGAAGAUCAGCAAAGAGGAGUGGGACAAACUCCCUCCUGAGAUGUGUGCACAUCUGGUGGCCACCUACAGGAAACGACUGACCUCUGUGAUUGUCAACAAGGGUUUUGCCACCAAGUACUAAGUCAUGUUUUGCAGAUGGGUCAAAUACUUAUUUCCCUCAUUAAAAUGCAAAUCAAUUUAUAACAUUUUUGACAUGCGUUUUUCUGGAUUUUUUGUUGUUGUUAUUCUCUCUCACUGUUCAAAUAAACCUACCAUUAAAAUUAUAGACUGAUCAUGUCUUUGUCAGUGGGCAAACGUACAAAAUCAGCAGGGGAUCAAAUACUUUUUUCCCUCACUGUAUAGCCACCCUUUGCCUUGAUGACAGCUUUGCACACUCUUGGCAUUCUCUCAACCAGCUUCACCUGGAAUGCUUUUCCAACAGUCUUGAAGGAGUUCCCACAUAUGCUAAGCACUUGUUGGCUGCUUUUCCUUCACUCUGCGGUCCGACUCAUCCCAAACCAUCUCAAUUGGGUUGAGGUCGGGGGAUUGUGGAGGCCAGGUCCUCUGAUGCAGCACUCCAUCUUGGUAAAAUAGCCCUUACACAGCCUGGGGGUGUGUUGGAUCAUUGUCCAGUUGAAAAACAAAUGAUAGUCUGGCGUAUCGCUGCAGAAUGCUAUGGUAGCCAUGCUGGUUAAAUCACAGACAGCGUCACCAGCAAAGCACCCCCACACCCUAACACCUCCUCCUCCAUGCUUUACGGUGGGAACUACACAUGCAGAGAUCAUCCGUUCACCCACACCGCGUCUCACAAAGACACGGCGGUUGGAACCAAUCUCCAAUUUGGACUCCAGACCAAAGGACAAAUUUCUACUCUCCAUUCCAUUGCUCUUGUUUCUUGGCCGAAGCAAGUAUCUUCUUCUUAUUGGUGUCCUUUAGUAGUGGUUUCUUUGCAGUAAUUCAACCAUGAAGGCUUGAUUCACACAGUUUCCUCUGAACAGAUGUUGAGAUGUGUCUGUUACUUGAAUUCUGUGAAGCAUUUAUUUGGGCUGCAAAUCUAAUGAACUUAUCCUCUGCGGCAGAGGCAACUCUGGGUCUUCCAUUCCUGGGGCGGUCCUCAUGAGAGCCAGUUUCAUCAAAGCGCAUUAUGGUUUUUGUGACUGCACUUGAAGAAACAUUCAAAGUUCUUGAAAUGUUCCAUAUUGACUGACCUUCAUGUCUUAAAGUAAUGAUGGACUGUCGUUUCUUUUUGCUUAUUUGAGCUGUUCUUGACAUAAUAUGGACUUAGUCUUUUACCAAAUAAGGCUAUGUUCUGUAUACCCCCCUACCUUGUCACAACACAACUGAUUGGCUCAAACGCAUUAAGAAGGAAAGAAAUUCCACAAAUUAACUUUUAAGAAGGCGCACCUGUUAAUUGAAAUGCAUUUUAGGUGACUACCUCAUGAAGCUGGUUGAGAGAAUGCCAAGAGUGUGCAAAGCUGUCAUCAAGGCAAAGGGUAGCUAUUUGAAGAAUCUCAAAUAUAAAAUAUAUUUUGAUUUGUAUAAAACGUUUUUGGUUACUACAUGAUUCCAUAUGUGUUAUUUCAUAGUUUCGAUGUCUUCACUAUUAUUCUACGAUGUAGAAAAUAGUAAAAAUAAAGAAAAACCCUUGAAUGAGUAGGUGUUCUAAAACUUUUGACUGGUAGUGUACACUGAGUGUACAAAACAUUAUGAAUACCUUCCUAAUAUUGAGUUGCACCCCCUUUUGCCCUCAGAAAAGCCUCAAUUUGUUGGGGCAUGGACUCUACAAGGUGUUGAAAGCUUUCCACAGUUGUGUCAAGUUGGCUGGAUGUCCUUUGGGUGGUGGACCAUUCUUGAUACACACGGGAAACUGUUGAGCGUGAAAAAGGCAGCAGUGUUGCAGUUCUUGACACACUCAAACUCAUGUCUUAAUUGUCUCAAGGCUUAAAAUUCCUUCUUUAACCUGUCUCCUCCCCUUCAUAUACACUGAUUGAAGUGGAUUUAACAGGUCACAUCAAUAAGGGAUCAUAUCUUUCACCUGGAUUCACCUGUUCAGUCUAUGUCAUGGAAAGUGUUUUGUACACUCUGUGUACAUCAUACAGGUAUCAUAAAUAGGUCGGCAUACAUGCAAUGCUCCUUACAUUAGCAUUAUAUCGGCCCUCUGAGUGUCAGCUGAGUAUCAGUAUCUGUUCUACUCCCGGCAAAGUGUCCUUCUCCACGAAACUUACCUACAUUUUUGAUAAUGGUCCCUCUCUGUUUUCUCUUUCUCUCUCUCCCCCCCCCCAGGACCAGUUGAGGUGUUGUGUAGGGGCAGGAGAGGGACGUGACACAGAGGCUCUGAUUGGUGGAGAGCCAGACAAGCAGUAUGGGGGCUGUGACACGAGACUGUCUGAGGAUGACUGGUGGGUGCACUGCAAAACAGGGGAACCAUACUAUAGUCCUAUAGUACUGAUAAGUAUAGUAGGGUGCAGCUCAAUAUUCUUAAGUAGCGCCCUCUCCUGGUCUCAUCUCUCCUUUACCUGUUCUGAUGUGAGAAGACAGGAUACGAGUCUAUCUUAAUAGUCUUAAGUAGCUUCCUUACCUUGUCUCCUCUUCUUUAUCUGCUGUGAAGAGACAGGAUAGGACAGGGAAAAGUCGUAUGGCUUCUUCUGACCUCUGCUGGUUUAUUAAAUGCAUUUCAGGGUAGUGUAUACUGAACAAAAAUAUAAAUGCAACAUGCAACAAUUUCAACGAUUUUACUGAGUUACAGUUCAUAUAAGGAAAUCAGUCAAUUGAAAUAAAUUCAUUAGGCCCUAAUCUAUGGAUUUCACGACUGGGCAGGGGCGCAGCCAUGGGUGGGCCUGGGAGGGCAUAGGCCCACCCAAUUGGGAGCCAGGCCCAGCCAAUCAGACUGAGUUUUUCCUCACAAAAGGGCUUUAUUACAGACAGAAAUACUCCUCAGUUUCAUCAGCUGUCCGGGUGGCUGGUCUCAGACGUUCCUUCAAAACUUGAGACAUCUGUGGCAUUGUGUUGAGUGGCCUUUUAUUGUCCCCAGCACAAGGUGCACCUGUGUAAUGAUCAUGCUGUUUAAUCAGCUUCUUGAUAUGCCACACCUGUCAAGUGGAUGUAUUAUUUUGGCAAAGGAGAAAUGUUCACUAACAGGGAAUGUAAACAAAUUUGUGCACAACAUUUGAGAGAAGUAAGCUUUUUGUGCAUAUGGAACAUUUCUGGGAUUUUUUUUUCAGCUCAUGAAACAUGGGACCAACACUUUACAUGUUGCGUUUAUAUUUUUGUUCAGUAUAUAAAAUGGGCACAUCUCAAUGGUUUGGUAUACCCACAUUAAUUAUUGCAGUACCAGAAAAAUAUCAACAAAGUGGACGAAAGCUCCCAAGUUCCCAAAUACUUGGAAAUCCCUUUUAUUUGUCUAUGUUUGUCAACUUUUUUUAUAUACUAAGUUCAGAUAUCUUGCCCACCAACCUGAAUCUUUUGGGCUUUUGUAGUUGAAUUAUGUUUUGAUCUCUUUUGAAUUCCCCACAUCCUCAGUCCGCAGAUGACAGAGGACCAGAUCUCGCCUGUCAUCACACCAGAUGAGCCUGACAGUACGUCUCCACUAGAAGAAACAGAGGACCAGGUCUUACCUGUCAUCACACCAGAUGAGCCUGACAGUACGUCUCCACUAGAAGAAACAGAGGACCCAUUACCCUUUCCUGAUGUAAGUCUCUUGUCAAGGCCUAUCUGGUACUUUCCACUAGGCAUGUAAGCAUUUACAGGCUAUACAGUACUUGAUUUUGCUUGUUCCUAUGUGUGUGUGUACAUACAGAUCUCCGCCCCUCUAUUGGACACCAGUGUUCUGCGUGCGAGGGCAGAGCUGAGGAAGAGUCGACGAACCCGCCCCCCUCGAACUGUCCGUCAGAGCUCUACCACAGUAAUGCUUGAGGAAGACCCAGUCCACGACUGGAGGUUCUAUGACUCCUCAGGUUAGGAGACAAUUCCAUAUCAACCCAUAGGAUUGACCUUCCCCAUGCACUAUAGUUCUAGGAAAAAGGGUAAUAGCUACACCUUGCCCUCUGAUAGGCUAGGUGGAAAACUUACACCAAUCUCAUCCUUUCAGAUACACACAAGUGGCUAGAAGGUAGGGCUUAAGGAUUAUUACAACCAUCCCUCAUGUAAGGUAAUUCACACAAGACCAACCAUCUGUUUUACCCAUUUUGCAGAUAAGGUGGACUCGCUGACACGGGGGGAUUGUGAGUCUGAUGAGGAGCAGCCCAGAGGGAGGGAGGUUUGUUCACCACCUUCCCAGCCCCAGAGAAUAGCCCUCUUCUCUGGAAUGGACCCAUCUGCCCUCAAGGUACAUGCUCUCAGCGCCCCUAUUUUACAACCUGAAACACUGGGUGCUUCCCAAAUGCCACCCUUUUCCCUGUGUAGGGCCAACGGGGCUCUGGUAUAAAAAGUAGUGCAUUAUAUAGGGCAGGGGUAUUCAAAUCCUACAUUGGAGGUCUGAAGUACUGCUGGUUUUCUGUUCUACCUGAUAAUUAAUUGCACCUACCUGGUGUCCCAUGUCUAAAUCGGUCCCUGAUUAGAAGGGAAGCAUAAAAAAGCAGUGGAAUUGGCUUGGAGGUCAUGAUUAGAAUUUGAGGAAUAUAGGGAAUAGGGUGCAAUUUGGGACGCACCCUAAGGCUGAAAUUCAAUCAAACCUGCACUGCUGAUCAUCUGCACUGCAUGUGGAAAAACAACUAAUUUCCUGCACCAUAGAAAGUGCAUUUUGGAUGAUAAACAAAACAAGUGUGAUUGUUUACAAGUUAUUUCUUACAGCAGGAAUCAGGACAACAUUCAUUUAGAAAUAUUUUUUACAGUGCAGGACCAAUAUGAUUUUGCUUAGUAAGGGUUUUCCUGUACUAUCAAAAAUGUCUAUAAUAUGACUUGUUCAUAUCUUAAAUGUAUCACUGGCUCUCCUAGGCCCAACUGAAGAAGCGAAGAGGUGGAGGAGGUGGUGGAGCCGGUGGAGGUGAAGGAGUAGACACAGACCGUCAGACGGACAGACUUGCCCCGUCCCCCUCUCAGCUCUCCCGCUCUCCCAGACGUUCCUCCUUCCUCCCCGGGGCAUCACGAGUGCUGCCCCCUGUAGGGAACAAAGGUGGAGGGUAAGUUUACUCCCAACAUGCUGCUCUUAUGUUACUAGCAUAAAACCACACAAGUAUUUUUACUAUUUUUUAAAAUCUUAUUCAACAUGAAGCAACAAAAUGUGAAUGAGAAAAAAAGAACAAUAUGAUAUAACAACAAGCAAUGCAGAUUUCAUAGUUACCUGGCUACAUUAGUUAGCUAUUAGCUACAAUAGUUAGCUGCAAGGCAAACCGUUUGAUCUUUGUUUGUGUGACCCUCAGGGGGGACACGUCUCCUUCAUGGCUGCGAGAACUCAAGUCUAAGAAGCGCUCGAGUCAAUACAACAGUGAGGCCUAG